UCCCUUGUUUCCAUCCGCAAGGCCGACGAGGCGGGAUACUCCGCCAUCUUCGCACACGGGGAAUGCCGCCUACAAUCGCGCGAGAGCAGUGACAUCGUCGCGCGCAUCCCGUCCUACCACGGCCUGUAUCAGAUCAUAUCAUGCUUCGCCGACGAACACGGAGACACAGCCACUCCCGCACUAGGCACCGAGAACGAGGUGGCGCUGAGCACGCGUCCGGCCAAACGUGGUCCGCUCACUAUCAGCGUGAUGGACCUCCACCACACCAUGGGUCACAUAUCGCUUCGCACUGCACACGACAUGGUCAAGCACGGUCACACCGACGGCAUCGCGCUAUCCGACGCGGACAUUACAACACAGUGCAAGACAUGUGUGCAGGCUAAGCUCACUCACAAAGCGAUCCCGGACACCGCGCACGGGAGCGCCCAUGACAUCCCAGUGACGGCGUACGGUGACAAGGUCCACUCCGACGUGUGGGACGCAGGCAAGAACUUCCUGGGGGGUGACCAUAAGGCCGUUGUUUUCAUCGAC